CCUCUUCUUCUCCCAAAUUACUCAGAAGAAAUAAACAGUGAAGGGGAUUUCACAGAAAAAUUUUCAGGUCGUGAAAUUUCAUGUCCUUUCGAGGCAGUUUCUGAUCCAUUUCCAACGUUGGCACUUUGCUAUACGCUGCUUCUCUGCGGCGUGUCUCCUCUGCGUCUGGGAUCCCAAACAACAAGCGUUCAACGUGAGUUUUGCCGUGUACAGCGAUUGAAUCUCGAAAAAAUACGGCAAGUAACAUUCAUUUUACCAAAGUCAGUUUGUACUUUAUUAUGUUUCUGACAUGCCUCCUGAGAAUGUUUACUAGUUGGAUGCGAUACCGUCCUGCGUAAGUGCCAUGAAGUUUCUUGGUUCUUCUCCAGCCUGGUUCAGGCUUUAAUGCGCACUGAACCUCAACUCGCCUUUCUCCCCAUAUCCAUCAUCUUGUUUUUGUGAUCAUCAGCCUUAUUUUGGAAGAUGAGGUUCUUCUGCGACUUUUUGUGCACAUAAAAUUCUGAAAGGAAGAAGAAACGAAGAGUCUGAAUUCGUGCUCUGAAGCCGCAUCACCUCCUAUGCCGUUUUAACCGUCUCGACGGCACGUUUUGAGAUUGUUCAAGAGAAACGUUGAAGUAUAAACACAAGGAUAAAGAUGAAGAAGUUCCGGAAGGUUUUGGACGGGUUGACCACUUCUUCACCUGUCAAUCCAGGUGGAUCUCCCGUGUGCGGCAGUGCGGCUGGGACCCCCAGUACGGCUCCGACACCGCGGGAGCUGGAAAUCCAGGAGACACUGAUGUCUGAGCACUUCCAAAUCUGUAAGACGGUGCGUCAUGGAUUUCCCUAUCAGCCCACAGCUCUGGCAUUUGACGCGGUGCAGAAGAUCCUUGCCAUUGGCACUCGUUCUGGAGGAGUACGGCUGUAUCCUUUUUUUCCCCCAAUGCUGUUUGCUCCACAGUGUAAAUUCAAGACUUUGGAAGGACUUUUGGGCUUUGGGAAAGCUGCUGUCUGA